CAGUGAAGAUUAAACCAUCCAAAAGGUGGCACGGGCGUGAAUAGCCCGUAAGUGGUGGCCCUUUUGAGCCAUUAACAGUACCAAGAGCUGAUACUGGAGAUCUGUGGAGGUGCGACUGCACCCUGCGUGACGGGAAAUGUCUUCAGUGCCGGGCAGUGAAUGUGUCUUACGUUUUCUAUGCGCCGGGCUCGAUAGGUUAGAGCACUGUGGAGACUGUCCUUUAUAUUAGCAGUGAGAAACGGUUGUGGAAAUGUCUUCUCUCCGAAGCUUGCACUUGAGCAAAGCUAAACUCAAAGCUGCCAGCAAAACAUCAGCUCUUCUCGCAGGCUUCGCAAUGGUGGCCAUGGUGGAACUUCAACUAGACGACAAAUGUGAGGAUAACACCCCGCCUAAAUCUGGUUCCUGUAGCACGCUUCCUGAUGGUCUUCUGACCGCCUUUGCUAUGUGUACCGUGUUGCUGGUGGCGGUACACCUGCUGGCCCUCAUGAUCUCCACCUGUGUGCUGCCCCACAUCGAGGUGGUGGCCAGCGCCGCCCCCGUCGACUCCAUGACCAGCCUCGACACCCCUGACGCCACCAUAUCCGAAGCACCGCACAUUACCAUGCACCGGUACAUUGAGGCAGCGUGGAUCUUUUCUAAUGUUUUGGGCCUCUUGCUAUUUCUCCUGGAAGUUGGUAUUUUGUGUUGGGUUAAAUUUCUGGUGUUGUCAAGAAAUGCUGCAAUUGCAUCAACAGUAUUGCUGGUACCGACCGUCCUAUUGUUUACGGUAUUUGCACUCCACUUUUACUGGGCAUUAGUCGUCGACAAAGUGGAAACUGUUGAUAAAAAUCUGCAGGAGAUUGCUGUGGGAUUGGAGGUCUUGCAACAGAAAACAAAUGAGAAUAUAAAAAAUGGAUCAAUUUCUACCAUUCAUGUUGUGUAGGUAUCCUGCUUUUAAGUGUGUGAAGAAAUAACACAGUGCUGUCAUUCAACUACUUAAUCAAUCUAUAUAUGUGAUAUCUAGAUCAUAAGUCUUCGUCGUUUCAAAUUUUAUCUGGUACGACUGGAUGCCAUCAACAUGACAUUUUAUUUUUGUCGAUGCUUUUCAAAUCAUUAUAUGUUAACAAAUGAAACUAAUUCGAGGAAGGGUUUGAGACAAAAAUGCUUUGUCUCUCUCUUACACAGUUUUUCAUCAAGGUCUCGGUAGUACAGGUUGGGCACCAUUCCUUUCCCUCCGUCCCAACUCCCAAAUCCUCAUUCUUCCAAGUGCUAUAUAGUCGUAAUGGCUUGGCGCUUUCUCUUGAUACAUCUCUUUCCUACGUUUGUGAGUACCUUGCUCUCAAUGACUGAACCACAUGGCAUGCUGAGAUACUGAUUUCAGCAGUGUAAGGAUUUCAUUAUUCGUGGAUAUUAGAAAACAUUCUCAUACUCUAUCUAAAGUUUGCUAGUGCAGGGUACAGUAGGCUAGCCUCAUAUUCCAUGUACAUAUUACAUUAUUAACCAUCAUGCGAGAUAGGAUCAGAUGAACUUAUAGCUAACUCUUGAUCUAUACUCUGUAAUCCCUAAUAUAGAAUAGUGUAGCACAUAUAAAAUUAGGACAAUGCUAUGUGCCUAAGCAUAUUAAUAAUAUAUAUUAUAUAUAUUAUAUAAUAUUAUAUCUAAAUUAUAUAAUUUAAUAUAUAAUAUCGGCCCGAAACGCUAUGCGUGUUAUUGGCUUUGCAAAUAUGUAAAAAUAUCAAUGCUAUGUACUCUCAGAAACCCAAUGUACCUUCUUGUAUAUAUAAAUAAAUAAAUAAAUAAAAAUA